AUGGCAGAAGCUGUGAAAAAAGGUAAAAAUCGGCACUCGGGGAGUGCUGGAAGGGAAAGUGGCGGUGUCCAGCAGCGUCCUUUGGAUGGCGGCGGAGGAGGAGGAGGUGGUGGCAGCGGGGGAGGAGGCGGCGGAGCAGGAAUGCCCAAACGGAAGCAUCGCCGGGGCAAAAAGUCCAAGAUGCUGCCCAAGAAGACCAAGAAUCAUUACCCACAGUGGAAACUCGAUAUGCCAGCCGGUGCGGGAGCCACGCUCGAGGGAAAUACCCGCCAGAAUAGUCGCACCAAGCUGGUCCGCUCGCGAUCCCUGCUCGUGCCGUACAACACCAACCGCUUCCUGAUGGAGGAGCACAUGUCCGAGCUGCACAAGGACGACUCCGACGACAACUGCUUCAACUCGCAGACCGAGGACCAGGUGCUCUUCCUCUCCAAGGAGUUCUCCAAUGUCUACGAGCGGGCGCGACUCGAGCGGCUGGAGACGAUGAGCAAGCAGGAGCUCAUCCAGGAGUGCCUGCAGAUCGAGGAUCGCUACUCGAAGGCCCAGAACGUGUCCAAGGAGUUUGGCGCCAAGAUUCGAGCGCAGGAGGAGAAGAUGCGCCAGCUGAACAGGGAGAAUCAAUGUGAGUAG